AUGGCUUCCCGAACACUCUUCACCCGCGCCAGCACCCUCCUCAGGGUUAGCUACAGCCAAACCUCCUCCACCACGGGCUCCAUCUCCAUGAUUUCCCGCUCCACCCCCAUUAUGAUCUCCCGCGCCUACCACCCCACCCCCUCCUUGUCCACAGACAAAGACUUCGCCGAAGACCGCACGACGCUCAAGCCUCGGCGCUCCGAAGGCUCCAGCUACGCCUCAGACGACGACAUCGCGCACCUGGACAAGACGGCCUUCGACCCCAAGAACACGUCGCCCAACGGGGAGACGGAGUCAGCGGGCAAAGAGUCCAACGGCAACCCUUUGGAGACUUCGGGUGCCAACCGCGAGUUCUCGAGGCCGCAGGGCGAUAACCCUACCGAGGGCGACAUGUCCAAGGGAACCAAGACGCCGGGGAUGGGCAAAGAUCGCAAGAAGAGUGGAGGGCCGGCGGCGGGGAGCAAGAAGGGCGGGAAGACGCAUUAUCAGGAGAUUAAGGAUAAGGGGGUUAGUGCUAAGGAUGCUUAG